CGCGACUGGUAACAGAAUUAACAAAAGCAUAUGCGCCUCAAACACCUGAAAACUAUCGUUGCACCUCAAGAAGCCGAAGCUCGAAUAAGUUGUAUUGCAUGGUCCCCGAACAACAAAAAGUUGGCCGUGUGUAGCCAUGAUAAUAUCGUUUCAGUUUUUGAUGAGAAUGGAGAGCGCCGAGACAGAUUCGCAGCAAAAGCGGCAGAUUCGAAAAGUUCCACAGGUGGAAAGAAAAUGUUUGUUGUCAAAUCCAUGGUCUUCUCACCAGAAUCCACUAAACUGGCCUUGGCCCAGUCGGACAAUAUUAUUUUCGUCUACAGGCUUGGCGAGAACUGGGAGGAGAAAAAAGCCAUUUGCAACAAAUUUCCGCAACAGAGUGCGGCCAUAUGUCUUUUGUGGCCUCCCGGACAACCGAUCAUUUGUGGUCUGGCAGAUGGCAAAGUUAGAGCAGCGAAUACAAAGACAAACAAAUCCUCAACUAUCUAUAACGCGGAUUCCUACGUAGUGUCCAUGUCGCUGAACAAUUCUGGUAAAGGAUUUGUAUCCGGGCACGCUGAUGGAAAAAUUGUUCGUUAUUUUUUUGACGAUGAAGGUUCGGGUGAUACACAAGGAAAACUCACCACGCAUCCGACUGCUCCAUACUCUCUAACAUGGGCUGGGUCUACCAUACUGGCUGGUGGCUGCGAUCGGCGCAUUUACGUUUACAAUCGUCAGGGUAGAGUAAUACAACAGUUUGACUACAGCAAAGAUGACACGGAGAAAGAAUUCACAGUUGCCGUCUGCAGUCCCAGUGGACAAACCGUUGCAUUUGGGAGCUUUGAUCGGAUACGUCUGUACUCGUGGAGUCCGAGAAAAUCAAGCUGGGAAGAAUGUAAACCUAAAGAAAUAAAAAACCUCUAUACAAUCACGGCAAUGUCCUGGAAGCGAGAUGGUUCCAAAUUGACAGUGGGUACGCUGUGUGGUGGGGUAGAACAAUUCGACUGUUGUAUGAAGCGGAAGUUGUACAAGGGCACUUUCGAAAUGAACUACGUUGGUCCAAGUCAAGUCAUUGUGAAGAACAUUAAAACAAGCGAACAGAUUGUACUCCAGUCAAAUUUUGGCUACGAAAUCGAAGAAGUUCGUGUCAUGGGUUGUGAUCGGUAUCUGGUCGCACAAACUUCUGACACCCUUAUUUUGGCUGAUAUAAAAGGAAGUCGUCUUAGUGAAGUACAAUGGAAUAAUAAAGGUCAUAAAUCGAAAUUCUAUUUUGGCUACACAAAUUUGUGUAUUAUUUUCGGUUUGGGAGAGUUACUGAUCGUUGAGUACGGGAUGAACGAAAUUCUGGGUUCAGUGCGAACCGAAUUCACUAAUCCCUAUUUGAUCAGUGUGAGAAUAAACGAGCGGCGAGUGGGAGGUGGUGAGAUCAACAAGAAGAUUGCCUAUAUGCUUGAUUUAAAAACUAUUGCAGUUAUGGACCUAAUCACAGGGGUUACAGUUAGUCAGAUUCAGCAUGAUACCAAGGUAGACUGGAUUGAAUUGAAUGAAACUGGACACAAACUACUGUUUCGUGACAAAAAGUUUCAACUGUUACUUUUCGACACGGAUACCGGAACAAAAACCGUACUCCUCACCUUGUGCUCCUAUGUCCAAUGGGUUCCACAAAGCGACGUCGUUGUGGCUCAGUCACGCGACAGUUUGUGUAUUUGGUACAAUAUUGAGGCAACCGAUCGCGUUACUUCUAUCCCAAUCAAGGGCGGUGAGAUUUUGGACAUUGUAAAGCAGAAUGGCAGAACAGAAGUUCUGGUUAGCGAGGGACUUACUACAGUUUCCUAUGCUUUGGAUGACGGAUUAAUCGAGUUCGGCACAGCAAUGGAGGACAAAGAUUUUGCCCGCGCUGUGUCAUUUCUGGAGAGUUUGGAGAUCAGUCCGGAGACCAGGUCCAUGUGGACAAAACUGGCCAAAGCAGCACUUAAGGCAGAAGAUCUUUUGGUGGCUGAACGAUGCUACGCCGCCUUGGGAUCAGUUUGUAAAGUUCGCUACCUGCGUGCUACCCGUGAUCUUCACCAGGAAGUGAAUAAUCAGGACUAUCUGAUCAAGGCACGUAUCGCAAUGUUGGAAAAAGACUUCAAAACAGCCGAACAUGUGUAUUUGACUCAAAAUGCGAUUGAUGAGGCCACUACUAUGUACAAAAGUCUGCGCAAAUGGGAGAAUGCAAUCGAGAUUGCUGAGGCCAAGGCGUGGACUGGUUUGGACCAACUGAAGAAAGAACAUCAAGCUUGGCUGGCCGAGACCGGCCAGGACGAAAAGGCUGCAGAACUUCGCCAGAAGGAAGGAGACUUGAUGGGUGCUGUGACAUUGUACUUGAGAGCUGGGGUACCAGGUAAAGCGGCCCGUCUGGCACUGAGUGAGCCACACUUGUCUUCGGAUCGAACGUUGAUGGAGCGAAUUAUACAAGCGCUGGUGAAAUGUGAGCUCUUUGAAAAGGCUGGAGAAAUGUACCAAAAGCUGGACCAGCUUGAAAAUGCCAUGCGCUGUUACCGUCAGGCCCAUGCUUUUCAAAGGGCAGUUGAGCUGGCGCGAUCAUCGUUUCCAUCGGAAGUCGUAAAGUUGGAGGAAAAUUGGGGCGACUAUCUGGUAACCCAGCAGCAGAUGGACAGCGCCAUUCAUCACUUCAUUGAGGCCGGGGCCUACUUGAAAGCAGUCGAGGCGGCCAUCAACUCUCGACAGUGGAGCAAAGCGGCUCAUAUCCUGGCUUCAAUAGAAGACAAUAAAUCUCCCCAAGUGUUGGCCCCCCACUUUCUCAAACUUGCCCAACAUCAUGCAUCAAGUCACGAAUUUGAAGCCGCCGAGACGGCAUUUCGUAAAGCAAACAACAUCUCCAAGGCCAUUGAAAUGUACAAUUCCGCUGGAAUGUGGGAACAAGCACACCGUUUGGCAUCCGAAGCCAUGGACCACGCUGAGUUGACAGACAUGUAUCUUGCACAAGCUGAAGAGCAUGAGAAUGAAGGAAGAUUGAAAGAGGCCGAACGAUUGUAUCUGACUGUCAAGGAAACCGAUCGUGCAAUAUCCAUGUACAAACGCAAUAGGCAAUAUCGAGAUAUGCUGCGUUUGGUUCGCACUUACAGUCCAGAACUUUUGGAGCAAACUCACAUGCAUUUGGCGCAAGAGUUGGAGAAGGAGGGUAAUCUAAAGCAGGCAGAGCAGUACUAUAUGGAAGCCAAGGACUGGAAAUCCGCCGUCAAUAUGUAUCGUACACGAGACCAGUGGGAAGAGGCCUACCGAGUAGCUUCCAACUGCACACAUCAACCUGAGGUACGCAAACAGGUCGCCUACCUAUGGGCUAAACAUUUGGGUGGCGAAUCAGCGGUGCGUCUGCUCACUCGAAUAGGAUUAUUGGACACAGCAAUCGAUUACGCAACGGAACAUUGUGCGUUUGACUUCGCCUUCGAUCUGAUCCGCUUGGCUUGUCCCGAAAGAACAAAAGAUGUCCAUAACAAAUUCGCCAUGUUUUUGGAGGAUGAGGGAAAGUUCCCAGAGGCGGAAGCAGAGUUUGUCAAGGCUGGUAAGCCUCGCGAAGCUGUGUUAAUGUACGUGCACAACCAAGAUUGGGACUCCGCGGCCCGUGUUGCUGCCGAACACGAUCCAGACAGCGUGAACGAUGUCCUCCUGGGACAAGCCAGACUGGCUUUUGGAGAAAAGGAGUUUGCGCGUGCAGAGGCAUUACUUCUUCGUGCACAGCGUCCAGAUAUGGCGGUUCGUGCAUACCGGGAAGCCGGGAUGUGGGAGGAGGCUUUGAGAGUAGCAGAAGCCUACCUACCCAACAGAGUGCAUGAACUUCGGGAAGAGUUCAAGGAGGAAAGUCUUCGCACAAACUCGUUUGGAGACGGAGAAGCUCUCAGAGAUGGUCGAUUACUUGGGACGGGCGGACCGUCGAGCACAAGGAGCACGUUCAGUUCGAAAGGUCUUGACGGGUCAGAGCCUUCAGCUACCACCAAUGCAAGGGAGCUGGAAGCGAGGGGCGAAUACCUUCGAGCAGUCGAAUAUUACUUGAAACUGCAACCAAAUUUGGAAGGCGAUGAGGGUGAGGAGUGCUCGGGCAUUCCUGUUAGUGUAUGUCAGCACGCAUGGCUUCAUGCAGCUAAUUUGGCGGUGAAAUUCCUUCCUUCGGAUAGUGCAUCUAAAGUGGCGGAACUUGUGGCUUCCCGACUUGUGAACAUCAAGCGCCACGCGUUGGCCGGCGAACUACUCCUUAGUGUGGACAAAGUUCAAAAGGCGAUCGAAGCUUUUAUCGCCGGGGAGGAAUGGAACAAGGCCCGUCGGGUAGCCCACGAACUGGAACCUCGACUGGAGGCUUACGUGGAAAGGAAAUAUAAGGAAGCCCUGAAACGCCACGCGUUGGCCGGCGAACUACUCCUUAGUGUGGACAAAGUUCAAAAGGCGAUCGAAGCUUUUAUCGCCGGGGAGGAAUGGAACAAGGCCCGUCGGGUAGCCCACGAACUGGAACCUCGACUGGAGGCUUACGUGGAAAGGAAAUAUAAGGAAGCCCUGAAAUCUUCAGGGCAAGCGGAAACACUGGCAGACGUUGACGUACUGUCCGCAUUGGAGAUGUAUGCCGAGCAAGGCAGAUGGGAAAAAUGCUUGGCUGCGGCGGAAAAGCUUGUUCAAGCAGCGACGUCUGGACCUGGUGGUGCUACUGGCAAAGGGUUAGCUGAACAUCAACGGCUACACAAAUAUGUGGCGGCCUAUGCAGCAAGUCUGAUCAAAGACUCUCGGGUGCACGAUGCGAUGCUUCUGUACAAAAAAUAUGGUGCGCCAGCGUAUACGCAAAACUUCAAUAUAUACAAACGCAUAUUUCAGGAUAUCACCAGCCAACGAAACCUAACAGGUCCAGAUGCAUACCCCACUUGGGCAGCCCUGCGAAAUAUGCUUUUUGACCUUCGACAAAAUUUGCAACAGACCCAGGAAAUUCAGCGCGAAGUGGUACAGAUAUUCGAACGGAUGCUUCUGGUGGCGCACUAUUAUGCAACCCGAUCGGCCUUGGCAUCAAGUCAGCAGGACGUAGCCGAGUUGACCACCAAGCUGAGUGUAUCUCUUCUGCGUCACUCGGAUAUACUGCCCGCCGAUAAAGUCUUCUACGAGGCAGGAAUUCAGUGUCGAGAGCUAGGAUGGCAGAGCAUGGCGUUUGUCUUCCUUAAUCGAUAUUUGGAUCUGAUUGAAGCCAUCGAAGAUCCCGAAGGCUCUGCAGAUACACUGGAUGGUACGGACUUUCAGGGUACUGAUAUUCCGAUGGAGGUUCCAUUGCCUGAAGAGCCGUAUACAACACAUGAAGAACACGAAGCUGUCCGAGAGUGGAUUUUAAUGGUUUCUAUGGACCGAAAACUUGAUCAAUCCUUACCCAAAGAUGAGCGAGGUGUUUACGUGGCUGCUUUGGAAGCUCCUGGCACCGGUCUUUCCGCAUUACCCUGCGUAGUUACAGGUUACCCUGUGCUUCGCGGUGGAGUUGAGUUUGAGAAACCGAGCUGUGUUGCCAACCGUGAAGACUGGAGCAAAUUACAAUAUGUUGCAAAAGUAGCAAGGACUACAGAGUGCGCAGAUGUGAAGGAGUUUAUUCUACGCUGGAGUGGUCACCCUCGUUGAAUGACUUCUCCUAGUGGUGCCUGUUCUACCAACUUAUCCUCUGUGAUACAUAGUUGUACUACCAUUGUGGUUUAGUUCAUACCCGGUUCUGGAUUUGUUGUACACACCUUUCCUCUCAUGUUCAUAAUACACAGGACAGAUGGCA